AGAGCGGCUCCGAGUCGAGCUCCGGUGGUGGACUCGGUUGCUUGAGGAGCGGAUCUCGGGAGAGAUGUGGAAAGAGGAUCUCGAGGGCGGGAAAGCUUCGUUCGUAGCUCGGGCCGUGGGGAGAUAUCUAAAGGUGGGAUUUUGAUGCGGUGUCUGCGGGUUCCGUGAGACGUCUUCCAUUUCGGCUCCAGUGGCCGAUCGGAAGCUCUAAACAAUCUCGUUUUUAGAUUAGCUCCGUGGACUCUACGGUGAUUGGUGUGGUUUUCGAGGCGAAGUCGAGGUUCCGGUUCCUGCAGAUCUCGAGAGCUGUACUGGUGAUUCCUCUGCGAAAUGCUUAAGGGAAACAAUUGUAUGACCAUGUUCUCCUCUUUGAAUCAGUAGUCAGGGAUGAAUGUGUAUAAUUUCAAUUGAUUGCAGUUGAUGUUCUCGUGUCAAUCACUUCUGGUUAGCUAUGGAUCACCGGAUUGUUUUCUUAUCGAUUCCUUUGUUUGUCCUCCUGCUAUGUCUUCAAACUUCGGCUGCUGGUAACUUGACUUCUGAUAUGCAAGCCCUCCUUAAGUUUGCUGCAUCUGUACCUCAUGGCCGGAAACUAAACUGGAGUUCUCGGACACCGGUCUGCACCUCUUGGGUUGGCAUCACAUGCACACCAGAUAGAACCCGUGUGCGGAGCCUCCAUCUGCCAGGGAUUGGGCUCUUUGGCCAAAUCCCUGCUGACACACUAGGUGAGCUUGGUGCCCUGGAUACCUUAAGUCUUCGAUCCAACCACCUUGUUGGAGAUCUCCCUGCCGAUGUCCCAUACAUUCCUUCUCUUCGUUCUUUGUAUCUUCAGCACAAUAAUAUAUCUGGAAUUAUACCUUCUUCCCUCUCUUCCAAUCUCACAUUCCUCGACCUCUCCUACAACUCUUUCAUCGGAGAAAUUCCAUUGACAAUUCGAAAUCUUACUCAGCUUACUGCAUUGUAUCUCGAGAACAAUUCUCUUUCUGGACCCAUCCCUGAUCUUCAACUUCCCAUGCUACAGCAUCUGAAUCUAAGCUACAACAAUUUUAGUGGGCCUAUACCAGUAUCCCUCCAGAAGUUCCCUGCCGAGUCGUUCUUGGGGAACCCUCUCCUCUGUGGGACUUCUCUAGCACAAUGCUUUGCAAUUCCUCCAUCUCCACGAUUAUCACCAACUGCACUACCUAUAAAGCCCAAAAAGAGUUUUUGGAAGAAACUAAGCACAGGGGUUAUAAUAACUAUUGCUGCUGGAGGAUCAAGCCUUCUAUUUCUGCUGCUGAUUAUAAUCCUGGGAUGCCUUUCGAAGAGAAAAAGUAAAGAUGGCAGUGGUGCACCAAAAGGAAAGGCUUCGGUCAGUGGAAGAAGUGAGAAAACUGAGGAAUACAGCAGUAGUGCUAUGGAGGCAGAGAAGAAUAAGUUGGUUUUCUUUGAGGGAUGUACUCACAGUUUUGACUUAGAAGAUCUGUUAAGAGCUUCUGCUGAAGUUCUUGGAAAAGGAAGUUAUGGGACAACGUAUAGAGCCGUUCUUGAAGAUGGGGUGACAGUGGUGGUGAAGAGGUUAAAGGAGGUGGGGGUGGGGAAGAGAGAGUUUGAGCAGCAGAUGGAAAUAAUAGGAAGGAUUGGGCAACACCAAAAUGUAGUGCCACUUCGUUCUUUUUACUACUCCAAGGAUGAGAAGCUUUUGGUCUAUGACUAUGCCCCUUGCGGGAACCUCUCUGCGCUGUUGCAUGGAAGUAGAGAUGCUGCAAAAGCUCCCUUGGACUGGGACUCCAGGGUGAAGAUCUCACUCGGUGUAGCACGAGGAAUUGCCCAUAUUCAUGUUCAAGGAGGUGGAAAGCUCAUCCAUGGCAACAUCAAAUCAGCAAACGUGCUUCUGACUCAAGAACUCAGUGCUUGUGUCUCUGAGUUUGGUCUUGCCCUGCUCAUGAAUUGUGCAGCAACACCGUCAAGAAUUAUGGGCUACCGCGCACCUGAAGUCCUUGAGCAACAAAAAUCAACUGAGAAGUCUGAUGUCUACAGCUUUGGAGUUUUCCUGCUUGAGCUACUCACUGGGAAAUCUCCAGUUCAGACUCCGGGCCAUGAUGAAGUGGUAGACCUACCUAGAUGGGUUCAAUCUGUGGUCCGAGAAGAGUGGACUGCUGAAGUUUUUGAUGUGGAGCUGAUGAAGUAUCCCAAUAUCGAGGAGGACAUGGUUCAGAUGCUUCAUGUUGCAAUGCAAUGCGUUGCAAGAGUUCCAGAUCGACGACCCACGAUGGAAGAUGUGGUUAGGAUGAUUGAGGAUGUUCGGCACUCGAACUCAGAGAGCCGACCAUCCUCGGAGGAGGGGAAGGCUAAGGAUGACAAUGUCCUAACACCAUGAGGUCUGCCAGUAUCAGCUUCAGUGAUUUAGCAGUUGCUUAUCAAGAAAUCUCAUUUUGUUUGAUCACUUGUUGUGCAAGCAAAAUAAUAGCACGAGUGCUUGGGGAGAUACACAUGCAUGGCUUUUGAGCUUGAUUAAUGUCGUAGUUGCUUUGGGUUUAUUUAUACACACUGUGGUUGAUAAUUUUCAUUGUUCUAUUUGUUUC